GCAGGCUGGCUACCUCCCUCUGCAUGCCAGCAGGCAGAGCCCACCUCAGCUGCUCCUGACCAACCGCCCUUGGGGCGCUUCGCCCGCAGUGAUGGAGAAAACGUGUACAGAUGUGUUUCCUCUGACUACAAAUUCCUCAGGAAAGCAAGAGACUGUCUGCAUUUUUGGAACAGGGGAUUUUGGGAAAUCAUUGGGAUUGAAAAUGCUUCAGUGUGGUUACUCUGUUGUUUUUGGAAGUCGAAACCCCCAGGGGUCCAGCCUUCUGCCCAGGGGAGCAGAGGUCUUGCCAUAUUCCGAAGCAGCAUCGAAGUCUGACAUCAUAGUCCUGGCUAUGCACAGAGAGCACUAUGACUUCCUCACUGAACUAGUUGAUUCUCUCAAUGGAAAAGUAUUGGUAGAUGUCAGUAACAACCGCAAAAUCAAUCAGUAUCCAGAAUCGAAUGCUGAGUACCUUGCUCAGUUGGUGCCAGGAGCGCAUGUGGUCAAAGCCUUUAACACCAUCUCAGCCUGGGCUCUCCAGUCAGGAACACUUGAUGCCAGUCGCCAGGUGUUUGUCUGUGGAAAUGAUGGCAAAGCCAAGCACAGAGUGAUGGACAUUGCUCGUACUCUGGGACUCACUCCAUUGGAUCAAGGAUCUCUUCUGGCAGCCAAUGAAAUAGAAAACUACCCUCUGCAGCUAUUUCCAAUGUGGAGGUUCCCUUUCUACUUGUCCUCUGUGCUGUGUGUCUUCUUCUUUGUGUACUGUGCUAUACGAGAAGUGAUUUACCCUUAUGUGAACGGCAAAACGGAUAAUACAUUUCGCCUGGCGAUUUCCAUCCCAAACCGUGUCUUUCCUAUAACAGCACUUACCCUGCUUGCUUUGGUAUACCUCCCUGGUAUUCUUGCCGCCAUUCUGCAGCUCUACCGAGGAACAAAGUACCGCCGAUUCCCAAACUGGCUUGACCACUGGAUGCUUUGCAGAAAGCAGCUGGGCUUGGUGGCUCUGGGAUUUGCCUUCCUUCAUGUCAUCUACACACUCGUGAUUCCUAUUCGUUACUAUGUACGAUGGAGACUGAGAAACUCAACCAUUACUCAGGCCUUGGCUAAUAAAGACAGCCCAUUUAGUACCUCCACUGCAUGGCUGAAUGAUUCCUAUUUGGCACUGGGAAUCCUGGGAUUUUUUCUGUUUCUUCUCUUGGGGAUCACUUCCUUGCCAUCAGUAAGCAACGCCGUCAACUGGAGAGAGUUCCGGUUUGUCCAGUCCAAACUGGGUUAUGUGACCCUGGUCUUGUGCACAGCCCACACUUUGGUGUAUGGUGGAAAGAAAUUCCUCAGCCCUGCGGUUCUGAGGUGGAACCUUCCUUCAGCCUAUAUUUUAGCGCUCAUCGUCCCCUGCUCGGUGUUGGUGAUGAAGUUCAUCCUCGUCAUGCCGUGCAUAGACAAGACCCUCACGCGCAUCCGCCAGGGCUGGGAAAGGAACGCCAAGUACUCAAAAUCGGCCCUGAAUGGAAAGUCAGAUAUUUGAGAUAAAGUUGAAUUUGCCGGGCCUUCUGAACUGUUGCAGUGAAUGUUUCGGAGAUGAUGUGCCCAGUUAAGAAAGCAUUCUUUCUCAUCGUCGUCACAACUUUAUCACCACAGUAGAAAUGUUGCCUGACCUUGAAAGUCAAAAAUAGGAAGGGAGCACUCGCUGCCUCACCUCCUGUGAUGACUCACUGCAGGCCUCCCUCACCUCCUCUCCCAGAAACCCUGCAUAUGCCGCCAUGAUGAGGUUUAGAAACUUCUUGAUUGUGGGCAUGCUGUAAUGUUUUGCAAAGUUCCGGAAGAGUCUAUGCAACUUCCUUCUCUCGUUCAAGGGCUGACGUAAGUGGGAAAAAAACAACAACAACACUGAUGGUCAUAGUGAAGGUUUUGUUUGGCGUGCCUACACAGACCCAAAUAAAGUGUUAGAGGAUUUGUUCGUUUGUUGGAAGGAGUGAUGACCGUAAGGAUUGUCAUACUGAUCUGGGAGUAUUUUAGGUUUGGGUGUAGUGCUGAGCUCAAUCCUAGGGCCUUAUGCAUGGUACGAAAAUGCUAUGUCACUUCGCCACACCCAGCCGAGCCAUAGUGAGUGUGUGGUCAUAUGUACCCCUUGACUUUGCUUUUAACACUAUGGAUAAUUUCUAUGAGGAAAUAUUUUGUAAUAUAACAAAAACAUCACAAUUGGUUUGAAGUAACCUUUCCUUGGAUGUAUCAAAAUCUAUCUAAUUGUCACAAGCUUCUUCCUCCACAAGGAAGGGGUUAAGGAAUGACAGGGUAAGAGCGGAAGUGCCACUGGAUUUUUCAAUGUGAAAUAAGCAGGAAAAGGUUGAUAAUGUCCUUGUAUAAAAACGUCAAGAAAAGACAGAAGUUUAGCUCGUAAGGUAAGCAAAUACUAUAGAAUUUCACUCUGCUGUUUGGUAUUAUUUAGGGGUGUGGCAUGCCCUCUGUAUUAUAUAUUCCAAAUACUGUUUAAUAUUAAGCACCUGUGAAAUUAAUUCCUAGUAUAAAGAUGUAGCUUCUAGGAUCUGUUUUUGUUAUAAUUUUAAGUCAUGGAGUUCAAGGAUUGACCCGGUUGUGAAACAGCGUAAAGAGAAGAACAGCAGUUGCUGGGAUACAGCCUGCUCUGGCUUCCUGCUUGGAUAGUGCCUUUCCCAAGGUGACCUUUAGCAGGCUGUGCGUGCCUAGCUCUAGCCUGGAGCUAAAAGGGGAUUUUUGCACAAUCUUCCCACAUGUCACUGAAAUAACUAAAAGGCACUGGUUUUGACAUUUUUCUGCCUAAUCUACAAAGGCUGUUUAUUUUUCAUUUUGCAGGCUUUUAAUAUCACAUAUCAGACACGAUAUCAUACAUCUUUCACAAUCUUGGGGUUUUUUUAUAUGAAGCUUUUAUUAUAUAAAUGGGCUUUUUCUUUUGCUAUUUCCCGAAUAGAACAGGUAGACCAUAUUCAGCUCUUACUAAGAUGACAAUUGAAAUGUCUUUGUACUAACGAUAUAUUUCUGUAUUUUCAGUUAUUCCCUCAGAAUAUUUUCUGAGAGCUAACAAUAUAAAAUUAAAGAAUAUUUGGUAACAUA